AUGGCGCCUGUGUUCGGCUGCGCUCCUGCUACCGCCCUGCCCGCUCUAACUAUUCGUGUUUCUGCGGUUAUUCUAGCGUUUUAUCUCAUAGUGUCAGUCCUAUCGACACACAGUGGCGUUGCAGCAAUCAUUCAGUAUGAUCGCCAGACACUGCUUCGUCUUAAAACAAACAUAGAGGAGCACUCUUCCUCUUGGGACAGAUACACAGAGUUUUUCCCUCCAAAUUUUGACAGCUGUCUCUCACUGCCGGAUUACCUGCUUGUGACCAAACGCCGGAGCAGGAGACGCAGGAGGGGAACCAGGGCUGGGGUCCAGACCAGGCUGAAGAGCUCGUUGGGGAUAUUGCCCGUGCGUCAUCGCCAGAAGGGAGUGUCUCUGACCGGUGUUUUCCUGACCGCUACGCCCGUGUUUCCUCCGUACGCCCGCGUGUUCUGUGCCCAGUACCUCGCCAGGUGGAUCCCGCGGCCCAGCCGCUGCUGGAAGCACCAGCUCAGUGCACGCCGUGCGCGCGCGCACCGUCAGGAUGGCUCUGCUUAA